AAAAAAAUAAUUUUGUAAAAAGAAUAAACAUAUUUAAAAUAAAGCUUUUUGCAUAAGUAGUUUUGCAAUUACAAAUUUAACGGUGAUGUAAUUUGACGCCAAAAGUCCCAAAAAAAGCAUUUUUGACCUGUUAUAAUUCAAAUAUUAAAAAAAUGUGAUGUGCCAGUGGAAUUUUGACGUCGGAUUCGGAAUCAGCACAUACAAAUCCUUUAGAAAAAAUAGGUUUGGUUCAAGCUCUAUUUUCGUUGCCGACCAGUGUUAUUUAUUUUCACCAAUUGAACAUUUUUGGGAAGAACAAAUUAACCUGUGACAGUUUAAAGGCGUCUUGGGAGUGUUAAAUUCGACGAUACAAAAGUCUCAAAAUUAAUGGUUUUCAAGGGAACACAACUAGCAAGUGAGCAAGGUAUUCCAGGUGCUCCAUCGGCAAUUGAAAGUUUUUAUAUUGAUGAACCUGAACCAAAAACUCCAAUUGUUGCAGUUGCAAUUGGAGAAUCGAUUUUAUUUUAUCGAAACAUGAAACCAUAUUUCAAGUAUACUCUGCCAGCAAUGGAAGUUGAUGAAAAAGAAAAGGAAAUUUGGAGAAAAAUUUCUGUAGAACGAACUGAGAAUCAAGAAAUGCUUAUUGAAAAUCUAAAGCUAUUGGACAGGAAUCAAUUGACUAGGGUGUCUCAGAAAUUACUUUUGCUUUCGGCUCAAGACCGACAUAACUUUAUAAUGGAGCAUAUGGACAUACCACUGCAGAAAUAUUCAACAAUUGUCGCAAUGGCUGCUUUACAGCGAGUAUCGAUUGACAUUAAUCCUCCUUCGUGCUUAGUUUUAGCCACAGAGCAUGGUGAAAUAUAUAUUUUGGACACUCAAGGGUUUGGUAUUUUAUAUCAGGCCAGGACAUGCUCCUACGAAACAACACCGAGCCUAAUGUGCGUCCAUGGCCAAUACGAGGCAGACUUUCGCAUUGUGGUAGCUACCCGUAAUGGUGCUGUUCAUUUGCUUCGAAAAUCCUGGCUAGAAGGCAAGGAAAUAUUCAAACUAAACAAUCCUCUUGCCGGUUUAGUAUUGGUACCAAUUGAUGAGACCAUUGCAGUAGCCUCUAUGGACAAGCAAUUGACAUGUUUUUCGAAGAAAGGCAAACAGCUUUAUACACACACUCUUGAGGAGAUUCCAAUCUGUUUGAUACCAAUUUGCUUGUCACAUUUAGGCUUGACAAUAGUUUGUGUAUCGAUGGUUGGAGGAUUGGUUCAGCUAUUCAUACAAAAAUCCAUAGUGGAUCAGUUUAAAAUGGAGGAAUCUGUGAUGGCAAUGAUUUUCGGUCAUUUGGGACAAGAAGAAUAUGUCCUUACACUUAUAACCGAGAGUGGAAAUAUGUUUGUGAAAAUUCUUAAAAGAAAUGCAAAAUUUGAUCCUACUUCAGGAAAAAUAUCAGACAAAGUAACUGACGUCAAUGGGAAUAGAAUAUCUUUGCUAGAAAAGCCGAAAAAAAGUUCAAUAUUUAUUGAGCAAACACUACGUGAGAAGCUCAAUGCAAAAGCUACAUAUGGAAGCUUUCAAGUUGAAUUGUGGCGUUUACGUCAUACAGCUGCUCGUGCAACUGUUGAAGCAAUAAACUCUGCCGAGAGUAUGAUAUCGGGUGACGUAGCACACGCACCAAUCAAGGUGGCUGCUGAGGUGUGCGGUGCAGGGCCAGUUUUUCGUUUGUUUUUAACAAUUCAAAAUUUGUCAUCAUACAAAGUGGCCACGAAUUUGAGACUUUUAUUGCAUGCCGAUCGAAGACAUUAUAAAAUUGCCAAAUCAAUGGCAAUGCUGCCAGCCAUUUUGCCAGGCACACCAUUGAAAGUUGAUUUUGAAGUCACUGCAAUUCUAUCUCAAGAAAAUGGUUUACCACCACUUACACUGACGAAGGAUAACUCAAUAGUACGGAUUAUUAUAACUAAACUUAAUCAAAGUAAACCAUUGAUAGCUGCUAUAAUUGCUAUGCCGGAAUCAGAAGCAAGUUUAGAAGGCUAAAAUGAUUUUUUUUUCUCCUAAAUUGAUGUUGAUUAAUUUAUACCCGCAGUAAAAUGUAUUUUUUUGUGCAAUAAAGUAUUAAAUUAAAGACA